AUGGGGGUGCCACCUGGCUGGCCGCCGAUGCAUGUACGCGCAAAUGAACUCUCCCAGGCUCAACUGGAGCUUUUGACUACUGUGUGGAGAAAUCUUGCUGGCGAGGUUGAUCAGGCGGAUCAGCAAGAGGCUGAGAACGAGAUUGAGAAUGAGAACGAGAACGAAGUUAGAUCUCAUCAAGAGGCUCCCUUUGCGUCUCAGAGAUCAGUGUGGGCAGAUCUUAUCGGCAACUCCGGACGAUCUAGGACAGAAGAAUCUUCAGACGGUGACCGGGAUCUUCUUGGACUUGACUCGGACCUUGAACAAAACGGCAAUGGCAACGGAAUCACGUCGGGCAUCGGCAUUGGGACCUGGUUACAAGGAAUUUAUCGCGAUCCUACGUAUUCUGAGAUCUCGCUCAACAACAAUCCGUAA